AUGUCUGACAAUACUCGCAUUCAGAAGCUUGAAGAGCAGAUGAGUCUGAUACAGAAGGCCAUUGAAGGCAAGGAAGGCAGUGGUGUCUGCAUUCCCCCUCCUAGCCAUCUUCGUGACGAGUCCGACUUUAAUCAUCUGAUUCUUGGAGGUUGGGAUCGGGACACCCGUAGAGCCUUGAUAGAAGAGGAGGUCCAACUCUUUAUCCAGAACUUCAAGCUGGGAGAUAUCACGGCCAGAAGUUAUGUUGUGGGAAAGCGAGCAUGGACAGCACACUUAGUCUUGAAACCACUUCCCGACCGAGAUGCGCGCUCAAGGUUCUUUGACAUGCUCCCCUUCGUAAACAAAAAGAUGCAACUGAGGAACGGCAACGCCCUGUGGAUCAGCCCUUCGAAGCCUUUUGCUGUGCGAGAGAAAGGGAAGCUACUAAGGGCAGGCUUCGACAGACUUCUUCGUGCAGCAGGUCUGACCAGUGAAGACGAGACAGUGGAGAUUGACUGGAACAUGGCUGUCGUUUGGAUUCAGGGAGGGAGGGUCAUGGCUCUAGAUGCUGGCAGUCUCCUUGCAGAAAGUGGACAGAGGGUCAUCGCUGUCAGGUUCGCGGGGCAGAGUUUGCGGUUGCAUGGUGAUUGUCAUUUCAACUUGAGCGUUCUUGCUGGCAAGCUUGGUGGCGUGGAUAUGGGUGAGCUCGAAGCAAAACUGAGAUCAAGCUGA